AACAAGAAUAAAUCUGCUAUCAUUUGAAUGCUCAGCAAGGAGCAAUGUCCUCAGGUGCAAGCCCACUAAUUACGCCGAGCCCCAAACACAGCGACAAUUUUCCGAGUUCCUCUCGUCGCAAUAGCCAAUCCUGCCGCAGAAGUGGUCAUGCACAACACGACCCUAACGAUCCCACCUGCAGCUGGCACCAGAGCCCAGUCACAACGUGGACGGUGCGAAGUCGAUUUCUCCUAAAAGUCCAAAACGCAUUCUACUGCGCUUUCUGCCUCUACAUCGUUGUCGUGGUGCUCAUUGGCGCAGUCCUGCUGUACGUUUCUGAAAACGAUUUCUUCGACGAGAAAUCCAACUCAUCAUCACCUCCAACCACGCAUAAGCAUAACAACGGUCAAGGGCGUGGGCCUUUGGCUUUGCCUGCGAACACUAAAUCAACUUCGGGCAUUCAUUGGCUCCUGGCUGAAGAUGCACAUCAGAAUUUUCCCACACACUUUCACCUCAAUACGACAGCGCUUCAACAACAACAACAGCGAGGAGACAUACGGAAUGCAGGCGAACGAGAAAGUGCCGACCGGAAGGCGGACUAUGAAGAGCAGGCAACCGACUAUGAAGAGGAGCUCAGCGACGGCGCCAACCUUGUGCCGUCAUCCGUACAAAUGCACACGACGUUGCGCACUAGACGAGGACGAUCAUCAGAGGCAAGCAGCGUCGCUAACAAGCUCGGCACUAGAAGAAGUGCCACGAAUUUUCAGAAAGCCUCCUUGUCAUUCUCAAAUUUGGCAGCGGAACCCCCGAUGACUUCGUCAACCAGGUUUCCAGAUAUCCCUAGCGCUCCUGCUUCCACGACACCAAUUAUCACCCAAACCAGGGAAUUGCGCUUGACGAUGGUGGACGCUUUCUUCUAUUCGAUGUCGUGUGUGACACAGGCGGGACUGAGCGUUACUGACUGGCCAAAAAGUCGAUGGACGACUCAUGUGAUUUCGUUGUGCUUGAUGUUACUUGGCUGUGCGCCACUUCUCGCAUUGGGUCCACCGCUAUUGCGGAGAUACAACUUUGAGAAGCAGCAUAGGACACUGAGGAAGAUGCAACGCUUGCGAGAUCUUCAAGCGCAAAAUGCAGCAACCUUACAGGAGCCGAGAGCCGGACCGUCUCUCGGAACAGACGCGGUGGAACCAGGAAGAGCAUCAUCUGCUUCACAACCGCCAAACUUACCGAGUGCUGCAGGUCAAGGUGAUGCUCUUCGAGGUAACAGCAGCACAAGCACUCGUGCAACGCAUGAUAGCCACGUGCUCGAAUCAGAGGUAGAGGAGAUGGUCUCGACACCUCCACCAGCUUACCCUUUAGAGUAUUUCGCAUUGGGCGUUAUCAUCCGCGUCACGAUCCUGUACUGUGUCGUCUUCAUGCUUGGCGGCUUCGCACUGCUCUACGUGUCGUAUCAUCAUUUAGCACCGGAUACCCACAAUGGUCACGACUUGCCUCCAAGAGACGGAACGUGGAGGACAAUUUUUUACGCAGCUGUCUCGGCAUUUUGCAAUAACGGCUUGACGCUGAGCGAGAACUCGAUGCUCGGGUAUCCAAGAGCGUUUCUCCUUACUGCGGGCGGACUGAUUUUAGCAGGGAAUACAAUGUUCCCGGUGCUGCUACGAUGGUACCUACUGGUGCUGCAUUGGUAUUUGGAUGCCCGGACAGCACAGGGAGGCACAGUUCCGUCGUCCUCUGCUGCGAAUGCCAAUCUUACAAAUCAACUACGACCACCUCCGUCCACAUCUUCCUCGGACAGUGUUGUAGCACCGCUGGAAUCUUCGACACGCACAGAAAAACGCGCAGUAGCGUUCCUGCUCAAGCACCCACGACGAGUGUUUACUCAUCUCUUUCCACAAGUGCACACUGUGUGGCUGUUUCUCACCGUGCUUGCCCUCAACACCACGUGCACUGUCAGUAUACUGAUAUUCGAGGCCGGCGACUACGACAUGUGGACAUGUCUCUUCCAGGCCUUCGCGACGCGGACAGCCGGUUUCUCAGCGUUGCCGCUGAGGGAUCUGUGCUUAGCUAACAAUCUUCUUCUGUGCAUCUGGAUGUAUAUAGCCGCAUCGCCAACCACAGUCGUGAUGCGCCGCACAAGAGUAAGAGAGUCGGACCGAAUAAAGAGAAGCGCUUUUUCAUCUGGGCGCCGUUACAGGGCCCGUGGUGCUCGUGCACGUUGCAAUGAGGCGAGAGAGGCGUUCCUUCAGCAACAGCAGCAAGUUUUGCUUGAUUCUGUGCCGAUGCCAGGAAAUGCUUUCUCGAUGGUGAACGAGUAUACCUCACCUGGAGAACAAAAAGCACUUACUAAAUCAGGAGGACAAAAGCUUGCGGAACUUAAAGCCGUUCAAAUACAACCACGGACUGGAAAUGGUUGGCAUGAUGACCAGUGGCAGCUUUCACCAACCGCGACAACCAUGACUGGCGAUUUAGGUAGUUCGCGCAGCGACACCUUUUCAUUAAGCGGCGCAGUGUGGUCACCGAUAGAAAGCAGUAGCAGUAUUACCACAGACAUUGUAGCAAGAACUGCAGAUAGUGCAGUUUGUCAGAGCGAUGAACUAGUGUCCGGACCAACAACAAAUUCUACGACCUCAUCGCAAACAGAAAGACAAAAUCAUAAUCAUGCAGACCGAUAUCUACUUUUGCAGAGUUCCGCCUCGGUUUCUAGCAGUGUUGUCUCAACACCUAUGACUCUUGUUUCGUAUGAAGCUGGGGACGAAUUUCCGCGUACCGGAGGUCUCAACACUAUUUACCUUCCUGACCCGACGAUUUCUAGUUUUAACCGAACCACCAGAGAGGAAGAUCAUAACUCAACGUUCGUGAGCACUGCUACUGCAUCAUCAUCUUGUUCCUCUGUAGCGUCUAGCUCAACUAGUGGCUCAUGCUCUGAAAUAGACAUUACGGGAAAGGCGGAGGGUGUCGAGGACGACACAGUCGAACCCAAUAGCAUCCGAGCACAAGCUUGGCACUAUCUUGGCCAAGAUGUAUCGGCACUCUUGCUUCUCACCUUUUCCAUUUGCUUAGCCGAACGGCACCGAUUCCGUCAAGCAUCGGACGCCGGCGACGCAGACAGCUAUCGCUACAACGUCUUUUUCAAGUUCCUCUACGAAAUUGUGUCAGCGUAUGGCACUGUCGGGCUAAGCCUAGGCGGCGGAAGCGCAGUGAACCUCGCAAGGGAAUGCAGUUUUUCAGGCAGUUGGACGCCGACAGCCAAGCUCCUCCUGUGUCUAGUCAUGCUGCUGGGAAAACUACGAGGGCUGCCGGACAGCAUCGACCCCUCGGUUAAAAUACAUGCCAACACGACAAGCUAUUCUACUAAAGACGAGCACAGGAAUCCUUCACAAGUAAUAAACACCAAUAUCCUAGUCGAGAACACAUCAACUCCACCCGGGGAGCGCCUGCUCGGCGAAGGAGCAGCUCCUGUGCUAAACCCACUAGCGUCGGAUGUAGACCCUUCUUCAAGAACUCCUCCUGCACCAAGCCCGGACGUGAAUGCGUAUGCGCAUGCAGCUCGGGAAAGCGUCAACUCGACGGCAGCCAGUGAUCCGUGAAACCUGGACCUUUUCAUUUCAGAUCUCAGGCCAAAAUCAGACUCUACUUGACUGAAUGAAAUCUAAAGACCAAAAAUGAAUGAACCUGUGUAUUAUCCAAUUUUGUGAUGUAGUUCACGUUGUUUUAUUGUUAUCACCACCAUAGUUUACAGGAUGGGGAUACAUUUUUGCCGAGUUGCUUCUUGACAACGAGAGUGAAGCACGCAGGAGCUUUCACUGCGAGCGCCGCAUCUACCUUGACGAAAAUGAAUUUUAUUCUUAUACGAUUUGGACUUGCGCUAAAUUGAUUUGAUGCUCCUUUGCGUGAAAAAAAUAACGAAUUGUAAUCAAAGGAAUCUCAUACGACUGCGAUGCUGGGAACAAAUAACAUUAUCGAUG